CUCUUGGGCAACCUUUGCGUUCAAUCAACAACGCCCACCAAUGCACUAUCAGUAUCCAAUCCGCCCUGGUCUUGGAGGAGGUCUCGGCGGCUUAGGUCUUGGUCUUCGAAAUCGAAACCCACAACAGCCUCGGCAGAAUCAGCCACUCCAGGAUUCAAAUCUGAGCCAUCUUCCUCGGCCAAGAGGAGGUCUCCACGAAUGGGCGAGACAUGUACGUGCUAGGGGGGGUGAUCUUGAAGUAGAGACACACCGGACAGGCCCACCACAUGAGUUCCUUCAGCCUGGUGACCUGCCUGGACUUUUUGACAACAAUCAAGGCGCUUCAGACAUGUCUGAAGCGAACCCCAAUACCACAAACAAUGUUUGGAUGCGCGGUGGUGGUGGUGGUGAGAAGGACAACCCCCGCAACGAUGCAGCCACUCCCGGCCUGUCUCGAAAGCCACAGAAGAAUCAACAGUCCAACGCUCCACAGCCCCAAACCAGUUCUCUUGUUCCAGACCGAACCAUUUACCCGCGAGAGUGGUAUUCCUCUUCUUCGCGUCCCUCGCAGGCUACGAGAGAAGAACCUAUUCAAGACGAACUGCCACUGGAUAUCAAUUUUAUUCCAGUGCUAACCUGGUACCCAUGGGAGUCGCCUCACGCUCGUUCUCUCCGCGAGGAGGCUGCAAGAAGAGAACACAUUCGGAAAGAGAGGGCAAGGAGAGACGCCGCCCGGCGGUCGGAUGCUGACGCGGGGCCCGUCAGCUCUCAAACCCCUCAGCGGCGUCCCCAAAAUGGCCAAGGGAAUGCAGGAGACGAGUACGCCGGCCCUCACUGCACAGGGUGUUCCUGCAAGAGGAGGGCUUAAAGAGACUUAAUGCUCUCUGGUUUACGAAGUGCGAUGGUGAUUUGCCUGAUUUUGCC